AUGACCUUCCUGCUGCACACGCAGUACCUCUUCGACGCCCCCUCGGGCCUCUUCUUCCACGGCUGGACCUUUGCCGACGGCGGCCACAACUUUGCGCGGGCCCGCUGGGCGCGCGGCAACGCGUGGCUGACCAUUGUCAUCCCCGAGUUUGUCGAGCUCCUCGACCUGCCCAAGGACGACCCGCUGCGCUACCACCUCCUCAACACGCUCGAGGCGCAGGCCGCAGCGCUCGUGCCGCUGCAGGAGGCUGACGGCCUCUGGCGCACGCUGCUCGACGUCUCCCAGGACGAGGGCUCCUACGUCGAGGCCAGCGCCACGGCCGGCUUCGCCUACGGCAUCCUCAAGGCCCAGCGCAAGAGGUACAUCGGCAAGGAGUACGAGGCGACGGCCAUCAAGGCCGUCAACGCUGUCAUUGACAACAUCAGCCCCGAGGGCGAGCUGCUCAACACGUCGUUCGGCACCGGCAUGGGCCACGACCUGCAGCACUACAAGGACAUUCCGAGGACGAGCAUGCCGUACGGCCAGGCCAUGGCCAUGAUGGCGCUGGUCGAGUUCCUGCGCGUGUACUACUGA